AUGGUCCGCCUGCGGCUGCUCCGGGCCAGCUGCUCCGCCGCCCUCGCGCUGCUCUUGGUCCUGCAAGAAGCGAGGACCCUCCCCUCCCCCAAGCCUGGCCUGGCGGCGGCGGGCGACCAACACGUGAGGACCAGGAGAUGCUCCUGCCACAGCUUCCUGGACAAGGAGUGCGUCUACUUCUGCCACCUGGACAUCAUCUGGGUCAACACGCCGGGGCUGAUUCCGCCCUACGGCCUGGGAAACCGGCCAAAGCGCAGCCGCAGAUCGCCGGCCAGGUGCGCGUGCGCCGCCUCCCGGGAUCGCACCUGCACCAUCUUCUGCCGGGCCUCGCCGCGAGACAUCGCCUGGAGGAGCCGCCCGGCCCCUGCAGUACCCCCGCGCCCGGCCCCCAGCUGGCCCCUGCCCUGGCGGAGGAAGCGCUGAGAGGGUCCCGCUGCCCUCAGAAGAAACCGGUGCAGAGGCCCCGUGGGUCCAAGCCGCGGCCAGAGAGAGGGGAGAGGUGGUCCCCAGGCGGACCUGGUGAGGCCAGAUCAGGCACUGAGGUGGCGGCACUACUACCCCCGAGCCCUGGCCACCGUGUGUCCAAUGCUGGUUUGGGCUGUGCUCUGCUGGACAAGUGGAUGCAGAAGGGAGGGAGGAACAGGUGAAAAGAUGGACUGUUGGUCUCCUUGUCUCCUGGAAGGCCGGUGACAGCCCCUCGCCAGGCCCUAGGGGAGAUGGCUUGGGGCUGAGGAGGCGGCCUCGCAGGGCUACAGCGGCGGAGUGGGACUGGCCUUAAAGGGCUACAGCGGCAGAGGGGGACCGGACUCACAGGGCUAUAGCAGUGGAGAGGGCCCGGUUUCGGAGGAAGGAGCAGCCGGCAUCUCAGAUGCGAAGAUCAAGAACCACUUCAGAACUCGCUAUUAACCUCCCCCUGGACCCUGUCUCCUUCCCCAUUUCCAGACUUGGGGAAGGCUGGAGGAGCUGCUAGGCUCAGAUUAAGGCCCAGGACAGACCCAGCAGGCAGCAGACCGUCCUCCCUUUUCCCCCCAACUUGCCCCCACAGUGUCCAUCUGUCCAUCCGAAGCAGUGGGUCUGUCCGGGGGAGGGAGACGGGGAAACUGCCUCGAACCGGUAUUUAUUUGUAACGUUUUUGUCUUUUGUAUACUGCAGGACUUUCCCUGCAAAGGCCGAUUUAUA